AGCAGCAACAGUUGUUAUAGUAGCAGUAGCAGGGGCAGCAGCAGUAGCAGCAGUAGCAAUAGCAGCAGUAAAAUUGUCAAAGCCAGUCUCUGAGUAGUCAACGUCAUGUUGUCUUCUCUCUCAUAAAAUCAGUUGUUAUAAAGAGUUGUGGAAUACCGCGUCUAUCGGGCGACACAAGCAAAAGCACGCACUUAACAUCGUUUACAAACGAGAGCCAAGUGUAACAAAGCAUUUCUUGUGAAAUUGAACGACACUAACCUGAAAAGAUGUCCAUGUUAACAAGGAAAGGUACGAUGGUUCGGAAAAGCCGCGGCACUCAUUCACGAAGCCAGUCGAUGAAACGGACUCCAUCACGAGGCGGGUCUACUAAGAGACCUACACCGGGCCUAACACCUGCUAUUGUUGUUAUGGACAGCACAGAAUCAGAAGACAAGGAUUCCUCAACUAACGCUUCAUCACCUCCCGCAAAGAAUAUUGUCGGAACAAUUGUGGGAUAUAAUGAUGAAUCAGCUUUAUACAAAACAACUGUAGACUGGACGGCAUCCAGAGUGAGUGUACAAUCAAACUAUGAGGCUGUUUAUGUACAGAUAACAGAAGCCACAAAAGAAGCUAACAGUUCCAUAGAUUUCGUAUGUCAAGCAGUCCGAAUAUUGACAAAUACACGUCUUUACACCGUCUUUUUGGCAGUCAGUACAGCAUUACCUAUUGCCAUGAUGACAGCAGGUGUGAAGUAUCUGAACGAUUGUCCGAAACAGCCUAAAAUACCUGUGUACCUGCUGGUCGGCGGUUGCUUCGGCACGCUAAAGAUGGUGUAUACAAUAUGGCGUCAAGUUCAACAGCGUCGUUUUGACAGUUUACCCGAUCUCGUAGGUUUUGAUCCCACUGAAGAAGCGAUUUUCUCAACUCGUUCCUAUCGCCUCAUGGACACAAUUCUCGUUCUUUUCCUCAUUUGCUGGAUCUUAACUGGAACUUACUGGGUUUUUCUCAUCUGGAAGCCAAACUUCGAGCAACUGCUACAUGACCCCAACAAUUGGUGUAACAAAUCUGUGUAUGGUCUGGCACUUUUUCAGAUCAUUGUUUCUUACGCAUGGAUGGCACUAGCCUUAUUGACUGUCAUCGGAUUGUUUAUAUCCUACUACUGCCGGCGAUCGAAACCUGGCGAACAAAGAAGCCAAACUACAGACGUGAAGUGAUGUCUCCGAUAUUUAUAAUCACUGAUCAAAUAUAUAAAAAGCGAAGUCAAAAGGGGUAUAAUUUUGUGACAAAAUAAUAAAUAUUGUCUACGGACUUAAAGCUUUACGUAAUGGAUUCUAGGAUCACCUUGAAUGUUCAUGUUUCAGCACGAAAAUGAAAUAAGACGACUUCUCACUGUGGGUUCCAAUUUCCCUUUGUUUCUGACAGUUGCUACCUUCUGAUCCCCUGUGUUAUACCAAUGCUGUUCUGUAUAAGCAGCACUGUACAAGUCAUCCUCCAUGGAACCAAUGUUCAGUUAUAUUUUAAUAUAUACCUUCUACAUCAGCGAUUCUCAACUCUCCCGCUGUCAUUUACCCUUCCGGCUUCAUGUAUUUUCCCCAUUUAUCCCCCACUUUAUUCCCAUGCAUUAAAAUAUGCAUAACUGAUGUUACAAGCACAGAAAAAAAAAAGGAAAAUGAAAUAAUUGUAUUAUUAAGAUUUUCUGCAUUACAAAAUUAAUGAUUUCCAUGCAUUAUAUAUCUACCCAACGUUAAGUAAAUCUUUUAUUCCACCAGGGGAUAAAUAUAUUUUCGGUUGAGAAUCACUGCUCUUACCCUUCCAAAAUAACAUUUACAUUUCAUACCUCGAAAAAAAAAUGGAAUAUUUUUCUUGUUUGAAAUAAAAAUAAAAAUCCCAUCUUAACAUUCCUUUAUAUUUCAAGAA